UUGUGGGAUCAGGCGUGGUUUGAAAAUCAUAAGAUAUUCGUAUAUAUUUAUUUCUAUAAAUUACUAAUUGUAAAUAUAUACCUCCCCACGGAGGCUCGGAGUUAAGGGCAAGGAGUGCUCUGCGCUUGAGAGAGAGAGAGAGAGAGAGAGAGAGAGAGAGAGGUUUGGUAGGGGUUGUUAAUGGCGAUUUGGUCGAAGGUUUGGAGGCGAUGAAGUGAGAGUUUGGGGGUAUCUGGCAUCUGGGCAUUGGUUCGCUUAUAGCCAAAGAGAGCGGUAUUUUUGGAGGAGAGGAAUUUGCUUUGCUGGUUCUUCGAAUCUCUCGUCGUUUAGAGUUUAGACACAGGUUUCUUGGACGCUGAUAUUAAACGCCCAACUACAGUGUUCAAGCAAGCGGUUCUUCGGGGGCUUUUGACCUUCCAGUACUUUGUCUUUGGCUCUGUUUUCCUGUGAUCAAUGAAAGAAGAGAAAGGGAUGGAGUGGCCCCCUUGUGUGGAUGAAUACGAAAAGCUCGUGACUCGGAUGAACACUCCCAGGGUCGUGAUCGACAAUGCCGUUUGCCCAACUGCGACUGUGGUUACGGUGGAUAGCGCUAGAAGACAUGGAAUUUUACUGGAGGCCGUGCAGGUUCUCACCGAUCUGAACCUUUCCAUAAAGAAGGCUUACAUUUCUUCUGAUGGAAGAUGGUUCAUGGAUGUUUUCCAUGUAACUGAUCCAAACGGAAACAAAUUGACGGACGAGAGCGUUAUCACCUACAUUGAGCAGUCCAUGGGCACCAUUGACAGUGGUAGAACCAACGGCUAUAACGGCCUUACGGCCUUGGAGCUAACCGGGACGGACCGGGUCGGUCUGCUCUCCGAGGUAUCUGCGGUGCUGGCGGACCUCCAAUGCAACGUAGUGGAGGCCAAAGUUUGGACCCACAAUGGCCGAAUCGCAUCGCUCAUAUACGUGAACGACUGCAACUCGGGGUGUCCAAUUGAGGACUCACAAAAAAUAGACCGAAUCGAAGCACGUCUAAGGAACGUACUCAAAGGUGACAACGACAUUCGGAGCGCCAAGACCUCUGUUUCUAUGGUGGUCACGCACACCGAGAGGAGACUGCAUCAGAUGAUGUUCGCGGACCGUGACUAUGAGAGGAAGCCGAUUUUGAAUUUGGGUUCCGAUUCCCCGGUUGUAACAGUUCAGAAUUGGGCCAAGAGGGGUUACUCGGUCGUGAAUGUUCAGUGCAAGGACCGGUCCAAGCUUCUCUUUGAUAUUGUUUGCACGCUGACAGACAUGGAGUAUGUUGUUUUCCAUGCUACUGUUAACACGGCGGGAGACGCAGCAUAUCUGGAAUUUUACAUUAGGCACAGAGAUGGGACCCCAAUUAGUUCUGAACCAGAAAGGCAACGUGUGAUCCAUUGUCUGAAGGCUGCCAUCGAAAGAAGAGAGUCGAAGGGAGUGCGCCUGGAAUUAUUUGCGGCGGAUAGGCAGGGGCUCUUGGCGGAUGUUACAAGAACGUUCCGAGAGAAUGGGCUUAACGUGACGAGAGCCGAGGUAUCAACGCAAAGGGACAUGGCUCUGAACUUCUUUUAUGUGACAGAUGCAAUUGGGAACCCUGCAGACCCAAAACUGAUAGAAGCUGUUAGGCAGAGAAUCGGAUUGGGUAGUUUGAAAGUUAAGGAAUUGCCAUUGGCUUGUCCCGAAAAGGCAGAAAGUGAAGAGCAGGCGGUAGGGGUCGGUGGGGCCGUGUUGUUAUCACUUGGGAGCUUAGUGAGAAGGAAUCUGUACAACUUGGGAUUGAUCAGAUCUUGUUCUUAAAAAGGGGUUCCUUUUAACUAAAUGAGGGUGGAAAAAUGCAAUCUGUGAGUGCAGCCUAAUAUUCUUUGCUUCAGGUUUGGGCUUUGUGUACAUAAAAAGAGAGAAGGUGGAUUUGGUGAAUGGUAGUUGGGAUAUUUGGUUGGGUUUGGUUGGCUGCAUAAUAGACACUUGGGAGCUUGGAAGGAAGAGGGGGCUCUUUACCAUUGUUAAAUGCUUUGCUUUAUUUGAAGGAAGCUUUGAAAUAGCAUGUGUAGGAAAAGGUGGAAAAGAAAAAGGGUGUUGGGUUGGUGUUGCUGGCAUGGAGAGUGAAAGGAUUAGGUAGAAGAUAUUAAUAGGGUAUUUGUUUCAUACAGCUCAAACAUGUACAAAAUGACUUCUUUUUCUAAUGGUUGACUUCAUUUUUUUUUUAUCC